ACUUUCGGAACAUUAGUUCCUCAUUUCUUCGUUUUACUAAGAAACACAUAAAUAGGUUAAUCGUUUUGCUUUCUCCAAAUCGCAUGGUUUUUGUUGAUACAAAAAAAAUAAAGGAGUAUGUAAGUAAGCUUGUGCCUAAACUUUUCACAUAUUAUGUCUGCAUACUAAAUUAACAAUAUUAUUUGGUUAAACCACUGAAAACACAGCAGACACACGAACUCAUUUUUAUUAUGAGUUUUAAUAAUAUUUUCUGCAACAUAACCGCAUGUUCUUAAACGUUAAAAAUUCUUAAAAGAACAACAUACAACAUGCAUUUGUGAGGAAAAGUAUAAUAUUAAUAAUACACGUAGAAAAGCAUAAUUGAAAAUCUCAAAUAAAAAACUUGAAAGCCAUUUGGCAGUAUAAAAAAACAACAGUACAAAGAGGAAUAUUAUAGAAAUAGUAAAACUAAUAGCAUUUCGGCCUUAUACACGUUCGUGGACUAUGAAGGAAAAACGAGUAUUUGAACAACUAUUUUCGUGCGCGCGCACGCAGAGUUACCCGUUUACUCGAACAGGAAUACAGUGGUUUAUACUUACAAGGCAAAAGAUAGUUGGCACACGAAGAUUUUCAACAUUAGCCACAGCUACACACUCUUGGCUCAUUCUGCACAGCUGAACUUAAAAUGUCUUCCUCCCAGAUACGCAUCCUGGCUGCAGUUUCCGCCGUCCACUUGUUUCCUCUUCCAAACUUUACCUUCCACCUUUUUUCCCUUACAGUACAUGUUUUCUCAGCCCUCCACAAGUGUUCUCCGCGGCUCUGGGUACAACCGGUGCGCAAACGGAGGCUCUGCGAGGAGAAAAACUCGAAUAAAUACAACAUAUCUGUCGGGAAAUACCGUUUCCUUGAACUGUUCUCUCCCUAAAUUUAUUGUGCGUCUCACAAAGGGGUCGCCAGAAAAACCAAGUAAGAAAUACACUGGAUAAUAUUUACAUUACCAAAACACCAACGUGUAUUUUAAAUAGCAGAAACUUAAGAACGAGACCCAAAUAAGGGAGAACUUCCAUUAGUAUCAAAUGAACAUUAGAAACAGAAAUUUAACAAGUCCACUGAAAUCAUUUUUUCCCGUUUUUAAUUUCAAUUUUUCCCUCGUUGCAAAUGUAAGUGUGUUAAAUUUAUUUCCGAAGGGUAAGAAAGGUGUGGAAACUGGGGAAUACAUGUCUGCAGCUUUUUACUUUUUUUCUCACUCAAUUUUCUUUAAAUUUGAAAGCACAGCGUGUGAAUGAAGUGCUUUGCUGGAAGACGCAAUUAAUAAAAACAGUCAUCAUACACUGCUCUGUGUGUCAUGAGACAGAAUACCGAAAAAGAAAAGUUGAAUUAAAUACUUUAAUAAUUUCCUUCAAAACAAGGUCACCUAGAAAAAUAUUUUGUAGCACUGUGACGUCUGCAUCAUGUUCGACACACUGUCACUAUAAAACAAAACACGCCAUGCUGUACCCGUUUGUAAAUUUUAACCUAUAUCUCAUCUGCUGUAAUUGUUGCUGACAUAUAUUACUGCUGGUGUUUUGAUUAGUUUGUUAUGGAUAUCUUUGAAAUGCCAAGAAUUCAUUUUUAUAAAUCUAUGUCAACUCACAGAAAGUAUAGACUGGCAUGUCGCUCUCCCACGUAAACAAAUGGAAACCACAAAGGCAAUAUUAUAUAGAAAUUCGUAUUCGCAAUAUUUCAUUUACAGCAUGUAAAAGAAACAAAAUGCAAAACGUAAUUAAGAAAUUCACCAGAUUCGAAGAGCUGCUGAAACGCUCACUGCAGGGUGAAAUAUAUUUAUUGUGACGCACGUUUAUAAAUGUGAAUAAAUAUUCAAUGUAACACUUAAAAUGAGUCAGACUGCGUGAUUUCAUUGGAAGCGGAGGCCAGACGGAGCAAAACGUCUGAGCUUUCUGGUUCGUGCGGGGGUCCCCCGUGCGCGUGCACGCAGAACCCCCUCGUGGGUGCUGUUUUGCCAUCACGGGCGUUCGUGAUUGGUCAGCCUCUGAUCAGAUGGUACAGUUCCCCUCUGUCCCGCACUGGCACCUCGCCACCCCCCUUCAGCUAAAACCCAAUCUCCGAUAAACUACUAAUAGCUAAACCACUUGGAAUAUAUAACACAACAAAUCAUAAAGCGGGGGAAAGAAGCGUGCCCUCCCAAUGAGUUCCUAUUUUGUAAACUCAACUUUCCCCGUGACUCUGCCCGGCGGACAGGAGUCUUUCCUGGGACAGAUACCGUUAUACUCCUCGGGAUACACGGAUCCUAUUAGACACUAUUCUGGAGCUGCCUAUGGAGCCAGCGGUGUCCAAGACAAGUCUUACCCAUCUUACUACCACCACCAGAGCAGCAGCGGCUACGGGCGGACCAGCACCGCCGCCGGUGCGUGCGAUUACCCAGCGGGCAGCUUCUACAGAGAGAAGGAGCCCGCCUGUGCGCUCGGCAGCCUGGACGAGCACCCUCUCCUCCUGAACCCGGAGCAGCGCAAGUCUGACUCCUCGGGACACUUAAAAAGUAUUUUCUCUGACAGCGAGGAGCUCAAGUCCAGCGCUCCAGUCUACCCGUGGAUGCAGAGGAUGAACUCGUGCAAUGGGGGCUUCGGCAGCACCGGCCGCAGGGGUCGUCAGACCUACACACGGUACCAGACCCUGGAGUUGGAGAAAGAGUUCCACUUUAACAGGUACCUGACCAGGAGGCGCCGCAUCGAGAUCGCGCACGCACUGUGCCUCACCGAGCGCCAAAUAAAGAUCUGGUUCCAGAACCGCAGGAUGAAGUGGAAAAAAGAGAACAAACUGAUCAACUCGUCACAGAGCACGGCCGAGGAGGAAGAAGAAAAGAGGACGGAAUAAGGGAUAGGAAAAGAGAAGAAGACACACACAUGACUACUGUGCAGUUGAAUAAAACACAGACUCGACUCCUUAAAAAUGUGCACCAGUAUAGUGGUCCUUCAGUGGUUCUGUUGUAGCAUUCCUGGCGUCCAUCGUAUUUUCCAAGUGUGAUUUUUAAUACUAUUUCUGGACUAUGACUAUGUUUGUGCCUCGUCUCAUGUCAAACAACUACUUGAUAAACAUGUCAGAUUCAUGUUCAUAUUUAAACUGUACAUACUUUACGGGAAAUGGUUUCCUGCACGUUCAAAUGUCGUUUUUCCUUCAUACGUUAAAUACCGGGCGUCGACAUGUUGAGUUUCUGGAAAAAUUUAGGAGUAAAACCGAGUCAGAGGAUAACUCAGAAGUACAUAGACUGAUGAUAAUGUUUAUAUUUUAACGUUUAACUUUAUACAUGAUUGUGUUUGUACAUUUGUGGCGGAAGGUAUCUAAUAGAGGAAUCACACAAUGUGUUUUUCUUGUAUUUUAAAGCGCUAGGCAACUUGUGCUGUAAAUGUCAUAAAAAUGAUUGUCAGACGAUGCUCUGUCCAAUAAAAACAGUCAAGUCUAGUUAAUAUAUACAUAUAUAUAUAUUUUUUAUUUUAGUAGCAGUUAGUUGAGCACUAAACUGUUCUGUCUUAUUAAACGAACCAAGGCCCCCCUGAUCACAACACUGACAUCCUGUUCAUUUAUUGAGUACUGACACGAUUAUGCCACAGAAGUCCUGUUUGUGUUUCAUAGUGACGGAAAAUGGAGAAAGAUUCAGGCAUUAUCCAGGCAUGCAUCAACAGCAUAUAAAGCAAUAACUUUUUACAGGAGUGGCGGUAUAACCGUCCUCACAGGAGCUCCAUCAAAACGGAGGUCCGGAAAAUAUCUUUAAGCGGUAUUUUAGACAGUUUAGAAGAAACCCUCCGGGACGAUUGUGCUACAUUACUUAGUACAGCUGAACAUACUAGAUAUAUUUUCGGUUGGAACUGGCCCGCAUUCCUUGAGUGUCUGUCCUUGAGUAUAACCUGGCGUUGUUUUAAUUAAUCAGGCGCAUCUCUGCUGAGGAUCUACAAAUCGCACUUGUUCAAGUACUUUAUGACAUAUUUUCAGAAACGUCCAUACAAAAGAGCAAAUACCGAAAGUUAACAUAUUACGCAGUUAGUGGGCAGUUACGCAUUUUUAUUGACAUUUAACACAUGAGACGCCCCCUCCCCCACCAACGCCCAGCUCCCUUCACCUGCUGCCAAGCGUUUUCAAGUACAGCAAUUAAAUGGAAUAUUAUGGUGGAAAGCGCUCAGAAACUGAAGCAACCAGGGAAAAAUCGAUUAGAGUUUGUUAUAAGCCCGUAUAAACAAGGCAUUUUUAAUUUAAUAAUAAAAAAAAUCACUUACAGCAUGACUCCAAAAUUGCAAAUUUUCAGCAAUAUCAACAAUUUCCAAUAAGGUGGCGAAAAAUGUGUUUGUUUUGCACUUAACCUUUCCUUGACGCACUGCUGUUGCAAGAAUAAAGACUUAAAAACGCUGAUUUUCUCAGUAAAACCAGUAUGGGAAUAGAGUAACGACGCACCUGAGGUGCAUAGAGUAAAAAAUAAAAGAAUAAAAAAGACGUCCUUAAUGAUGGGUAUUUACAUUGUAUCAGUUUUGAUGUUCUGAUUAUUGAUCCCAAAUCCCUCCGCUUUCUAGCAUAACUAAAAUGCUUACAUGCACGAA